AAUUUCAAAAUUUGAAUGAGUUUGGAGUGAAGUACAAUAUGAAGUUGUUGUGUGUGUUUUGUUUAUUUUUUGUCUGUUUGGAUUUUGGACUUGUGAAUGGAUUAAAAGUUUCGCAGAAGGGUGUUUGCGUGUCGAAAUAUACAGUGACCAAAACGAGACCAAAGACAAUACUCGUGCCGACCGGGAAAUGGUGCGGCACCAAAAAAUGCACCGUCAAACAGACGCGCAAGCAGAAAUACACCGUAAUAACCAACCAGUUGAUGUGCUGCAAAGGCUACGUCUACACCAGCGGUACCGACUCCUGCGCACCCGUCUGCAGUACAGGCUGCGCUAACGGCACCUGCGUAGAUCCCGAGACUUGCCACUGCGCGCCACCGAGCUACCUCGACCCUAACACAAGAAACAAAUGCCUGCUACCCAAAUGCGACCAUGUGUGUGUGAAUGGAUUCUGUUCAGUGAAUAACACGUGUGUGUGUAAUGAAAAUUAUACUUCAUUCAACGCAACACAUUGCGCGGUAAACUGUGAAGAUGGAUUCGAGAUUGACAAUUCUUUGAACUGCGUUCGGAAGUGUGAACCGCCUUUGUACAGGCAUAAAGACAAAUGCCUAACGUCUAUAUGCGAUCAUAGUUGUGCGAACGGAUUUUGCUCAGUAAAUAACACUUGUGUGUGUAAAGAUGGUUAUACAGCUAUUAACGUAACACAUUGUGUGGAAUCUGUCACUGUGUGUGAACAUGGAUAUAAACUUAUUAAAAAUAAAUGUGAACCAGUGUGUGAACCUCCCUGUGUCAACGGACAGUGUGCGGCGCCGAAUGUGUGUGAGUGUGAGAAGACUUUUGUGAAGAAGAACGCACAGAUGUGUCAAGAGAAAAAAUAUGGGUGCGGAGAGUGCAGAGCCGAUGGGACAUGCUUGAUUCCGGGAACGCGGCCAGGAGACGAGGACCAUCUAAUGUGCUGCCCUCAGUACAUUUGGGACGAUGAGGCAGACGUAUGCGUACCAGACUGCGAACACGGAUGCGUAAAUGGGAUAUGUAUAAAACCAAACCAAUGCGUGUGCGCACCGCCUAUGAUCCUCCACAACAGCUCCACCCCCAACACUUGCAAACUCCCCGUCUGUGACCAGUCUUGUACCAACGGAAACUGCACAGCCGACAACCAAUGUACCUGUUAUAAAGGACACAAACCAAUAGAUUUACAUACCUGUGUCCCUCACUGUACCAACUGCUCCAACGGUGAUUGCGUCAGUCCAAAUGUCUGCAAAUGUCAUAAAGGGUACACUAAAAUUGAUGGUCAAUGUAAGCCUCAGUGCAAAAGUGAUUGCCGAAAUGGUUAUUGCUCAGAACCUGAUAAAUGCACUUGUUAUCAUGGAUAUGAACCAAAAGGUGAUAAAUGCGAGCCUGUCUGUGAAAAAUCUUGCCAAAAUGGCGAAUGUAUAGCACCGAACACUUGUGAAUGUAAACUUGGAUACGAACCAAAUAAUGGGCAUAAAGAAAUAUGCAUACCUAAAUGCAGUAGUGGUUGUUCCAAUGGAUACUGCUUAGAACCCGAAAAAUGCGCCUGUAAUCAUGGAUAUGAAUUAAAAGAUAAUGUAUGUCAGCCUGUAUGUAAGAAAUCUUGCCAAAAUGGCAACUGCAUAGCACCGAAUAAAUGUGAAUGUAAAGAAGGAUUUGAACCUAAGAAUGGACAUAAUGAAAUAUGUAUACCUAAAUGUAACAGUGGUUGCAGUAAUGGAUACUGCACAGAACCUAACAAGUGUACAUGUAAAGAAGGAUAUGAACCUAAAAAUGGGAAUACAGAAACAUGCAUACCUAAAUGCAGUAGCGAUUGUAAACAUGGAUAUUGUUCUGAACCUGGUAAAUGCAGUUGUAAUGAUGGAUAUGCAUUAAAAGAUGGUAACUGUCAGCCUGUUUGUAAAAAACCUUGUAAAAAUGGCUUCUGUGUCGGACCAAACACCUGUGAAUGUAAUAAGGGAUAUGAACCUAAAAAUGGACAUAAAGAAACUUGCAUACCCAAAUGCAGUAACGACUGUACAAACGGGUAUUGCUCAGAACCUAAUAAAUGCACUUGUAAGGAAGGAUACAAAUUGAAUGGCAACAAAUGUGAGCCAGUUUGUAAAGAACCGUGUCAUAAUGGUAAUUGUGUAGCACCAAAUACAUGCAAAUGUUUGAAAGGCUUUGAGAAAUCUAAAGAGAUAUGCUUGCCUAAAUGCGAUUUGUGUAACAACGGCGUCUGCAUAGCUCCAAACGAAUGUGAAUGCAGCAAAGGUUACACGCACACAGAUAAAGGUUGCGUCCCGAUAUGCGAGAAAUCUUGCGUUAACGGGUAUUGCUCCGGUCCAAAUGAAUGCAGCUGCAAUUCAGGAUUCACUCAAGAUGCAUUAGAUUCUUUCGUCUGUAACAAUAAUUGCGGUCCUGACAUGGAUUUAAUCAACGGAACCUGUGUUUCGUCUCUUCCAUCAAGCCCGGAAAUGUCAUCUAGAAAUACGACCACUACGGGGAUAGCGAGUAUUCAGCUGGGGUGGAUGGUAGGAGGGGCUGUGCUGCUUCUACUGGUCGUGCUAGUACUGGUGGUUAUAAGCCGCCUCUAUGCCAGGAAAUCACCGCAAAAGACACCGGACGACGGUACGACUCAAUCUCAUUUAGGUCCCUACGGCAGCGUAGCGUACACCGUCCCAAACACUUUAUUCCGAAAAGACAUCGUCGAAGAAGAAGAAGAAACGAACGAAACUUUAUUAGAAGGGACCAGUGCUGUUUAGAUGUGCAAUAUUUGUGAAAUCAUAUAGUUAAAGACGGUCAACCGUCAAUAUUCGUCGUCAAUAUUAUCAAUGAAAACAAUAAAACAAUCACAGAUUGAGACCAAACAAGAAAAAUCUCACACCGCGUCAUUCUAAGAGCUAAGGUGUCCAACACGCACGCAGCAUUAUCACGCUGAAUCGCGACAACCUCUUUUGCCAGGUUAUGUAGCCGAAUGGCACAAACGCUCACGAAACGAAACGCUCGUAGAUAUCUAUCUCUAUCGCUCUUGCAUAUUGGCGUGACAGAGCCAGACUACCUUUCGCGGCGUGUCAGAAAUGCCAUUCGGUGACGGCACCAGGUGCCUCAACCCGGAGCGAGAAGGGAUAGUUUUUAAUUUAAGAUGUUCAUAGAUGUUUAUGUAGUUCAAUGUAAAAAAAGUCAGAUAGGUAAUCGGAAAGUUCAUUAUGAUUUUGGUACCCGUGUAAUUCAACUCUAACUUAGAGAUUUUUUGUUAGCGUGUCAUUAGUUCCAUAUUGUAAUCAAUUGUAAAGCAAGCCAAAGAAUAUCAAUUUAAAAAAAAAACAGUAUUGAAUAUCGACGUUACUACUUAAUUGGCCUAUGAAAAAAAACUAUAAGGGGCUUUACAGACGUGCAGACUGCAACUGGUACAAGGCCUCGGCAAUUUUUGAUUUUUGGUGCGUUUUGUUACAAUUUUUUUUCCUUUUUUUAUUUUUUUUCUUUCAUUUUAUCUUUGUUAUUGUUUUAAGCGGUGUUAUUAAAAGGGGAACGAAAAUUGAAUUAUUUUUGCGCUACGACGUACCGUUUAGGAGAUACAGCCAUUCAAGGUUUUUAUUUU